AUGGCUGAGUUAUUAUCUGUUCCUUUAAAAAAACCAACUGACAUCGACUUGGUACAGCCUUUAAGAAAUUUGGUUAAAGGAUCAUUCAGCUCUGCUGAUCAUCCGGAGGAAUGUGACAAUGAAAUUGCUGAAUUUAAUAAAAUGCGUAGUACCGCUGUCUGGAAAUUUUUUGAAAAAUUCGAAAGCUCUCUGGAAGUCGUAUAUAGCUACUAUGAUCAAUUAGUUUUGCUGGAAAGUAAAGUUCCAGCACAUGAGGUUCAAAUACCAUUUAAGUGGAAAGAUGCAUUUGAUAAGGGAUCAAUAUUUGGAACCAAAAUUGGUUUAACAAUUUGUUCUUUAUCAUAUGAAAAAGUUUGUGUUCUUUAUAAUAUUGCUGCUCUUCAAAGUGCAGUCGCUGCAUCCCAGUCUUUAGACAAUGACGAUGCCUUAAAAUUAGCAGCUAAAUUAUUUCAACAAGCUGCUGGUAUAUUUACUCAUUUAAAAGCUGCUGUAGUUGUAGCAAUUCAUCAAGAACCUACUCCAGACUUAAAUAUUGAUACACUAAGUGCAUUAAGUGCUCUCAUGCUUGCUCAAGCUCAAGAAAUCUUUGUCAGAAAAGCUAUAUUGGAUCAAAUGAAAGAUGCUAUUAUUGCAAAGUUGUGUCAUCAAACAGAAGAAAUGUAUUCUGAAGUUGUCAAUUUGUUUCAAAAAGAAAUUUUACGAAAUUUAUGGGAUAAGGAGUGGAUACCCAUUGUGACAGGAAAACAAGCUGCUUAUCAUGCUCUUUCAGAAUAUUAUCAAUCUUUGGUUUGCAAAAGUCGUAAAUUGAUAGGAGAAGAGAUUGCUAGAUUAGAACUUGCUUCUGAAUUGAUUAAAGCUGCUCAAUCGAGAUCUGGAAAAAGUUUGCUAUUUAAUGAUUAUGCUGUGAAAAUUGAAAAAAACCUGACGGAAGCGAAAAAAGACAAUGAUUUCAUUUAUCACGAAAGAAUCCCAGAUGUUAAAAGUUUGACUCCUAUUGGAAAAGCUUUACUGGCAAAGGCACUUCCCGUCCCUGAAAAAUUCAGCUCGAGUAACAGAGAUUUAUUCGAAAAACUAUGUCCAUUGGCUGUCAAUCAAGCUGUUGCAGCUUUCGAUUUAAGAAAAUCUGAAGUUGUCAAUACCGAAAUCAAUAAGCUCAGAGAUGCAACGAAUGUACUAAACAGUACUUUGGCAUCUUUAAAUUUACCCGCUGCUAUAGAAAAUACCUCGGGUAAUGAUUUACCACCAUCUCUGCUAGAGAAAGGGGAUACCGUUAAAGAGCAUGGAGGGUUAAAAACCCUUCAAAGCAUUUUCACUGAUUUACCAGGAUUAUUGAAGAGAAAUAAUGAAAUACUCGAUGAGGCUUGUCGGUUGCUUACCGAAGAAAAAGAAUCAGACGAUCAAUUGAGAGCACAAUUCAAAGAAAAAUGGAAUCGAACGCCAUCGGAAAAAUUGACGGAAGUUUUCCGAAGCAACGCGUCAAAAUAUCGCGAAAUAAUUAAUGGCGCCGUAAAAGCCGAUGAAAUCGUUGCGAAAAAAUUUGAAAAUCAUCGUAAAGGAAUAGAAUUACUCAGCCUGCCCAGAGAUCAAAUGAAAAAUGCUGUACCAUCAUCGGGCCCAUCCGAGCAAACGAUUGAACAAACGGAAGCAGUGAAAGAAUUGAGAAAAUUAAUGGAGGACGUCGCCACGAUAAAAGCAGAACGAGAAGUCAUCGAAAGCGAAUUGAAAUCGGCCACAAUCGACAUGAGGCAAACUUUCCUUCGAGCUUUAGCCGAAGAUGGUGCAAUAUCAGAAGCCUCCAUAAGCAACGAAGCUUUGGACAAAGUGUAUGGGACUUUGAGGAAACAAGUAGAGGACAGCGUGUCACGUCAAGAAAGUCUUAUCAUAGAUAUUCAGAAAGCACAUUCUCAAUUUGCAAAAGAAAUACCUAAAGAAUCUACGGAAAGAGAACAAAUAUUGAAAGAUAUGGCAGCCGCCUACGAUGCUUACAUGGAAUUGCAAAAUCAUUUGAAAGAAGGAUCAAAAUUUUACAACGAUUUAACUCAGGUACCCGUCCUCGCCCCCCGUUCCGACUUUUGUUUCGCAAGAAAAACGGAAAAAGAAGAAUUAAUGAAAGAUUUAACUCAACAAGCGAGCAGAUCCGAUUCCGUUUUCCCGAAUCCGUCCGAUGGAGCCUCAGGUGGAGUAAAAGUACCGCCUCCGAGACCACCACCACCCGCAACGUCGGGCUCUUCGUCGGGUUACUCUGCACCAUAUCCAGCCGAAUAUCCGACUGCGAUGCCGGUACCAUACGCAGCAGCUGGAACGGCUCCAUAUCCGACUUAUAUUCCGCCGCCGAUGCCGCACGGAUAUAGUCCUUAUGGAACUCUGCCUUACCCACAACAAGGCAAUUAUCAGAUGCCUCCUUAUCAGCAGCCACCUCAAGGAUACCCAUAUCCGACACAACCGGGAGGUUCUAAUCCUCAAAACCCACCCAGACAAUGGUGA